AUGGCUGCCCCUCCCGUGUUCCCCGACCUUCCCUUGAUGACCCAUGGUGACGGUUACAAUGACCACUCCACUUUACAGGAUCACCUGGCACUCCCAUAUAUCACACGCAUCCUCAUGGAGGAGGAGGAUGACGUGGAUGAUGACCACCCUGCGCUCCUGCACGCUCAGCAGCCAUUCGCCCAGAUCCUAUACUCCUCCAGCACACUUGCGUCUGCCUUAUUGGCAGACCAAGGUGACACAAGUUCUCCCAGCUCAGCCAUCUUCAAGUUCAAGGGCGCGGACGAGGUUGGCAGCUUGUUAUUGCUUGCUGACAGGGAGUACAGCAAGGACACGUUCAGCACUGCCUUCUUGAAGGGCAUGGAAGAGGCUAACAAGUUCUUGCCUGCAAACAACAAUCUUACGAGUGACGGCCAGGGCAAAGUGAAAGAGAAAAGUGGCAGGGGCCGCAAGGAUAGGCAUGAUGAGCUGGAUAUUGAGGUCGGCAGGACGAGCAAACUGGUGGAAGCUCGUGCCUGCGCGGUGUUCGACCAAAUGCGCGGUGCCGUGGAUAAUGAAUCUGGGAACAAUAACAAGAAGGGGAGAAAGAACAAGGUACAUGUAGUUGACCUGCACACUCUGCUGGUCCACUGCGCCAGGGCAGUGAUGGAUGACCGCCAGAGUGCGGGUGAGUUGCUCAAGGAAAUCAAGCAGCAUGCCUCACCCACUGGGGAUGCCGCCCAGCGGCUUGCCUACUGGUUCGCCGAGGGUCUGGAGGCACGUCUGGCUGGCACAGGGAGGCAGGUGUAUGGGUUGCUCACGGCGGAGAGCACCUCUGCUUUGGCACGCAUGGAGGCCUACCAGGCAUUCAUGUCCACCUGCUGCUUCAGGAGGGUGGCUUUCUUGUUUGCCAACAAGGCCAUCUUCAAUGUCGCACUGGGAAGGAGCAGAUUGCACAUCGUAGAUUAUGGGUUACGUUAUGGGUUUCAGUGGCAAGAGCUGCUGCGCUGGCUGGCAGCAAGGGAUGGUGGCCCACCGGAGGUCAGGAUCACCCACAUUGACAUCCCACAGCCCGGGUGCCACCCGGAAAAACAGAUGAAGGAGAUGGGUGAUUGGCUAACCGACAUUGCCCGAGACCUUGGUGUGCCAUUCAAGUACCGUGCCGUUAUGGCACAAUGGCAGACUGUUUCUAUUGAGGACCUGGACAUGGAACCUGGAGAGGCACUUGCUGUGAAUGAUCUGUUUAAUUUCAGGACCUUAAUGGAUGAGAGUGUCGUCAUAGCCAGCCUGAACCCCAGGGAUGCUGUCCUCAGCAACAUCACCAAGAUGGAGCCGGAUGUGUUUGUCCAAUGCAUUGUGAAUGGAUCCUACGGCACUUUUUUCUUGUCACGGUUCCGAGAGGCCCUCUUCUACCACUCUGCAGUGUUUGACAUGCUUGAUGCAACUAUGCCACGGGAGAGCAGACUGCGGCUGGCACUGGAGCGCGAUGUCUUUGGAUGGGUUGCCCUGAAUGCAAUUGCAUAUGAGGGAGAGGACCGGGUGGAGCGUGGUGAGACCUAUAAGCAUUGGCAGGUCAGAAACCAGAGGGCAGGACUGAGGCAGCUUCCACUGAACAGAGAGACUGUUAAGAUGGCUAGGGACAUUGUCAAGAAUGACUACCACAAGGAUUUUGUCAUCGAUGAGGAUCACCAAUGGCUGUUGCAGGGGUGGAAGGGCCGCAUCCUUUACGCGCACUCGACAUGGGUGGCAGAAAGGCGUUAG